AUAUUCCCAUGCAAUCAUUUUAUUUUUCGAACUCUAAUGUUUAGCAUAUAAGAACAAAGAAUAUAAUUUGACAGAAAUGAAAAAUAUAUUUUAAAAUCACGUGAGAUUUAGUCUACAUUUUCCAAGAUGGCGCUCUCCGUAAAGGAACUUGCGUCUUUACUUAGCGUCCUGUCUGAGGAUACCACACAGACUCAGUCAUUUGAAAGCUUAGCGGCCAGUUUUCACCACUACUUCACCAAACAAGAUCACUUCAAAGUCGGUUCCGCAAUUGUCCUUCUGCUCCAGAAUCGUGAUCUACUGCCACAUCCCACACAGAAACUAGCAGCCAUCUUUCUUCUGUAUGAGAUGUACCGCACAGACCCUAUUGCUGCUAAUCCCUUUGCCACUGUUUUUGUACAUCUUCUAAAUCCCCCAACAGAAAACCAAGAGGCGGGGCAGUUUGACUUACACUGGGCCAUUCCAGCUAUCUCCCCCGCAGAGAGGUAUUACCUCUCUCAGCUUAUCUCCAGUCCCACAAAAGAGAUGUUCAAGAAAACACCAACACAAAUUAUCCAAUUGGAUGUUAGUAGCAUGCAGAAUUUUGAUGUCAGUGGACUACAGCUGGCUUUGGCAGAGAGACAAUCGGAAAUGCCAGCACAGAGUAAGUCGGCCAUGCCUUGUAUUGUACCAGAUCCUGAUACCAAACCUACAAGUUUUGAUCAUUUUGGGAAGCCAGGUUUGAUUAAUCCUGAUGUACAGAGACAGACAAUUGAGGCCCUACUUACAGGAAACAAGCCUCCAUUAGAGAACUGCAUGAUGCCGGAAUUCAUCAGAUUAGCCCCACCCUUACAUAUAGCAGAAGAUGAGUUGUGUUGGAUGAACCCAGUGGACACUGAUUACAGCGUGGCUUGGGACACCACUAUGUGUGUUAGUAGUUCAGCAGGAGUGGAAAUCAGACGACUGAUGUCUAAAGCCUUUAAAGGAGCCCUGACACUCCCUCAACAGCAGCAGUUACUGACCGAGCUGGAGAAGGACAAUAAACUGGUGUACCACAUAGGGCUCACUCCCGCCAAGUUGCCAGAUUUGGUAGAAAACAAUCCCUUAGUGGCAAUAGAAGUUUUACUGCGUCUGAUGCAGUCCAAUCAAAUCACAGAGUAUUUUUCUGUCCUUGUCAAUAUGGAAAUGUCUCUGCAUUCUAUGGAAGUCGUCAACAGACUCACAACAGCAGUGGAACUACCUUCAGAAUUCAUCCAUCUUUACAUCUCUAACUGCAUCUCAACAUGUGAAACAAUUCGUGAUAGAUAUUUACAAAACAGACUUGUUCGAUUAGUUUGUGUCUUUUUGCAGUCUCUCAUUAGAAACAAAAUUAUUGAUGUCAAGGACAUCUUCAUAGAAGUCCAGGCUUUUUGUAUUGAGUUUAGUCGCAUUCGCGAGGCAGCUGGAUUAUUUAGACUUUUAAAAUCAUUGGAUAGUGCAGACCCACAAAACGUACAGGCUGCAGCAUCAAGAUAGCAGACACGGACACCAAAAGCAGAUUAGACUGUGUGAAAAAAACAGUGCAUGCACCACAAAGAAUUCCAAGAUACUGGUUCAGUGUCAACUGCAUUCAAAGAGUGCCCAUUCUUUGGUGCUUGUGAAUGUCAGGCUGUGGUCCACUUCUUGUUUCAAACUGGUCAAGGGUUGUACUGCUGGAAGUUUGAAAGUAGAUUUGACUGCAAUUGCCAUUGUUUAGUUGCACCUGUUCAACAGUUCUGAAUUAAAAUCAAUAUUGUUGAAAAAUAAAUCUAUUGAUGAAAUAA